AGAGAGGAAGAUGUGAGGCAAUUGUGUAACCCAAUUUUUUUUUCUCUCACCUUUGCGAAAUUGAGGACAUCCCAUUUGCAAGAGGAAAGAGAGAUGUGAAGGUGUUGGUGUUUGGAUGACUCAUCUUCAUUUACAGUGCUGUCUGUCUACAGCAGUAGAGUACAGUAGGUCUCAGCAUAGCGUCCUGUCAGGGGGUCUCCUGUGCCUCUUUGUUUGCUGGCGGAGUUGGAGGAAGGAAGGGGAGAAAGUACUAAGUAGUGUAUUUUAGGCCACGGUUUACACGUAGAAGGUGAAGUUCUAGUUGUUGGAUCUUUUCAUACACCUCACUUUCUCCCUCCAUUGGUUUUGUUGCGUUCUGUCCAUCGGCUCGGAUACAGCAUGGACUGGCUGGCCGCUGGUUACUGGAGGUUCCGUCUCAGACAUGUUGCCUCGGACACUGCAGUGACAAUGAAACGACGCCGCAAGUACUGGUUUUGGAACCGGAAUGGUAAAAACGCAAAGAUGUGUCUGCUCUGCUGUUAUGAGAAAAAAGGCAAAGCUGACUGUUUCCGGUCCAAGAACGCCGAUGAGGAUGCCUGCGUUGCAGUCAAAAUCGAACACUCCAGAGUUCUAGGCAGUAGCCCGACGUGCACGAGCAGCAGCCCACCCAGUGUGCAUGAGUGUCUGAGUCGGGCGAGCAGCGGGAGGACUAACAAGAAAAGGGGAGGGGUCAAUGGAAGAGUCCCCAGCAGCAGACCUCUGCCGUCUAAACCGCAAGUGCCUCCAAAGCCACCACAUCUCCAGAGCCCGGUGACGGAGCUCACGUCCCCUCUGAGCCGCAUCCAGAAACCCACUUUUAGACCAAACAUGGAAGAGGGGGGAGGAGGAGGAGGAAGAGGAGGAGGUGGAGGAAGAGGGGCUGUGAACCGGGAGGGAGCCAGGGAGAAACACUCCAAAGUCUUAGAACUCAUCAGCCACUUUGAGGAGAACAGCAACACAGAGAGCAAGAGAGACGGCUCACCGCUCAAACAGAUCAGCAAGUUGCCCAACUGCAGCCCAGCUCACCGCGUGCACCAGAGGCAGACAGAGGCCGACGGCAGUCAGGAGAACCACUCCCCUGUACAGGCCGCACCGCAGGAUGCCCCCAAACCGGCGGCUAACGGGGUGCUAGCGCAGAUGGAGCAGGACAGGGAGAAGGAGGACAAACAGGAGAGGAACAAUGAAAGGAUAGAGACCGACGGGCUGGUAAAUGGAGAUAUGGGGGACGGGAGCGCAGAACAGAGUGAUGAUCAUUCACCUCCACACACAGACAGGACUGGCACAGAAAGCCACACUGAGAAUGAGGACAGUGGGACUACAACAGAAACUGAGCACAGGAAUGUAGAAGGGAGCACAGACCAAAAGGAGACAAAUGAACAGAAGCUUUUUAAGAUCGCCAGCGAGCUCUUGCAUACGGAGAAGGCCUACGUAGCACGACUUAACUUGCUGGACCAGGUAUUCUGUGCUAAGCUAAUGGAGGAGGCCAAUAAAGGGACAUUCCCUGGGGACGUAGUGAAGAACAUCUUCUCCAACAUCUCCUCCAUCAAUGCUUUUCACAGCCAGUUUCUGCUUCCAGACCUGGAGAAGCGCAUGGGAGAAUGGGCGUCCACGCGUCGCAUCGGAGACAUCCUGCUGAAACUCACACCCUUCCUCAAGAUGUACGCAGAGUAUGUGAAGAAUUUUGACAAGGCCAUGGAACUGCUGAAACAGUGGACUGAUCGUUCGCCUCAAUUCAAGGCCAUCAUUCAGGAAAUACAGAGUCAAGAGGCCUGUGGCUGCCUGACGCUUCAGCAUCACAUGUUGGAGCCUGUGCAGAGAGUCCCUCGCUAUGAGAUGCUGCUGAAAGACUAUCUGAAGAAGCUGCCUCAGGACGACCCUGACCGACAAAAUGCAGAAAAAUCAUUAGAAAUUAUCGCCACAGCAGCUACUCACUCCAACAGCGCCAUACGAAAAUCUGAGAAUCUGAAGAAACUGAUGGAGAUAUACGAGAUGCUGGGUGAGGAGGAGGACAUUGUUAACCCCUCUAACGAGUUCAUUAAAGAGGGUCACAUCUUGAAGCUGGCAGCCCGGAACACUUCGGCCAUGGAGCGAUACCUCUACCUGUUCAACAACAUGCUGUUGUACUGCGUGCCCAAAUUCAGCCUGGGAGGACCUAAGUACACAGUGAGGACGCGGAUCGGCAUCGACGGCAUGAAGGUCCUGGAAACGUCCAACGAGGAUUACCCUCAUACCUUCCAGGUGUCAGGGAAGGAGAGGACACUAGAGCUACAGGCCAGCUCAGAGCAGGAUAAAGCAAGCUGGAUUAAGGCUUUACUUGAAACCAUUGAGAUCUUCCAGCAAAGAAACGAGUCAUUUAAGAAUGCACUGAGAGACGUGGAGGAAGUGUCGAAUGCAGAGCUGGGGAAGCGCGCCCCUCGCUGGAUCCGUGACAAUGAAGUGACAAUGUGUAUGAAGUGUAAAGAGCCUUUCAAUGCUCUGACACGGCGGAGACACCACUGCAGGGCCUGCGGCUACGUGGUGUGCUGGAAAUGUUCAGACAAUAAGGUGGCACUCGAGUAUGAUGGCUACAAGACAAACAAAGUGUGCAAAGACUGUUACUCCAUCCUGACUGGAGAAAUGAUAGCCGAGGGCAAGAAGAAGGGCAUCCUGGAGAUCGAGGCAGCUCAGUUCACAGGCAGCAGCAUCAUGUGCGGCUUCCUGCAGUACUGUGAGAAGAACAAACCUUGGCAGAAGGUGUGGUGCGUCAUCCCUGAGAAGGAGUGUCUGGUGCUCUAUCUCUACGGAGCUCCGCAGGACGUGAAGGCCCAGUGUACUAUCCCCCUCCUGGGCUAUUCUGUGGAUGACAGCGCCAAGCCCACAGACCCUCCCGCCAACUUCCGCCUCUCUCAGUCCAAGUCCAUCCACAACUUUGCUGCUGAAACAGAGGAGCUUAAGCAGCGCUGGCUGAAAGUGAUCCGGGUGGCAGUGAAGGGUGAGAUGCCAGAUUGCCCUCAGACCAAUGGCAGCAAUGCCAACACGAUGGACAACAACAACACACAAGACGCGGGCACUGAUAGCACAUAA